AAAAGGCAGGACGGAGGAACAGAAACCUCUGAGCAGUGCUCUCUGUGCUGAGCGCGGGAUCCGAGCUGUUGAAUUAGAGGCAACAUGAGUGAGCGACAAGGUGCAGGGGCAACCAAUGGGAAAGACAAGACAUCUGGCGAAAAUGAUGGGCAGAAGAAAGUUCAAGAAGAAUUUGACAUCGACAUGGAUGCACCAGAGACAGAACGUGCAGCGGUGGCCAUUCAGUCUCAGUUCAGAAAAUUCCAGAAGAAAAAGGCUGGCUCUCAGUCUUAGUGGGAGAAUCCCUUCCUAAGGUAUACCUGAAGACACCGAAUUCAACCAUCAUCUGUCAAGAAAUUAAGAGAACAACACCCUAGAGAAAAGUCAUGUACACACAAUCCACACAUGCACAGCAAACCUAAAAUGCAUGUACUAUUUAUACCUGUGCUAUUUAUACCCUCGUAGGAAGGUGUAGGCAAUGAAAUUGUGAGUAGCUUUAUCUCUGUUUAUCUCCAUUAUCAUUCCUCCUGCAACUAUUUUCCUUGAUGUUGUAAUAAAAUGGAGUUAAGAUGAGUAA